GGUUGGAUUGCUAGGGUGGGAUUGUCAGCCUCUAGAGCGCCGUGUAUUUCUGACUGCCUGUCUAACGACCUUAGUGAAAAUUAACGGUUGUAGCGGCGACGAAGUGACGAAACCUUACAUGUUCAAGGGUCGCACAGAACGGACCUCCAGAUUUAUAUGCAUCCACGACAGGAAUAAAUAAUUAAGGAAUGUGGACAUUACAGAAUGCCCAACAGCGCUGGAAAGAGAUUUAAACCCACCAAAUAUAUCCCGGUGUCCACUGCAGCUACUCUUCUUGUUGGAUCCACCACUUUAUUCUUCGUUUUUACGUGCCCUUGGCUUACGAAGGCAAUCUCCCCAGCUGUGCCCCUUUACAAUGGCAUUGUCUUCCUCUUCGUCCUGGCCAACUUCAGCAUGGCUACCUUCAUGGACCCUGGCGUCUUCCCCAGAGCCAACGAAGACGAGGACAAGGACGACGACUUCCGGGCACCGCUGUACAAGAACGUGGAGAUCAAGGGCAUCCAGGUCCGCAUGAAGUGGUGUGCCACCUGUCACUUCUACCGCCCGCCCCGCUGCUCCCACUGCAGCGUGUGUGACAACUGCGUGGAGGACUUUGACCACCACUGCCCAUGGGUGAACAACUGCAUCGGGCGGCGCAACUACCGCUACUUCUUCCUCUUCCUGCUGUCCCUGAGCACCCACAUGGUGGGCGUCUUCUCCUUCGGUCUGCUCUUUGUGCUCCACCAUCUGGAGAGGCUAGGGGCCCUCCACACGACUGUGACUCUGGUGGUCAUGUGCAUAUCAGGGCUGUUUCUUAUCCCUGUCGUCGGGCUCACCGGCUUCCAUAUGGUGCUUGUUGCCAGGGGUCGCACGACAAACGAGCAGGUGACUGGAAAGUUCCGUGGAGGAGUGAAUCCAUUCACCCGUGGUUGCUGUGGCAACGUGAAGUAUGUUUUGUGCGCUCCCCUGGCUCCCAGGUACGUUGUGGAUCCCAAGAAGAAGCUUGUGGUGGCUAUCCAACCCCCGUUCCUGCGGCCUGACCUUUCCGACAGACAACUCACCAUCAAGGUCAGCGACAACGGGAUCCAUAGCAGCAUCCUCCGAACAAAAUCUAAAAUCAGUCUUGCUGACCUGGACGAUAAAGGGAUGGAGACACAACCACCGCUUCCCCCAAAAGCUGACCGCUACAACCAUCUGAAGAACCAGCUGACAUCCAGUGAGGAGAGUUCCUUGUCCAGUAACCCAGUGAACCCUUCUACCCCAGCCAUGUACAAGUACCGCCCCUCUUUUGGCACCAUGCCCAAAGUACACUACCAUGCAGCCGGAGAAAAGAUUGUAAUGCCGGAUGAUUGUAAGACUUCUGCCAUCUUGGAGGAGAGCGGUCGGGGCCACGACUACCGCUCGGAGCCUAACCUGGACCUGCCCGACUACAGCAGCACUCCUCUCCACCGCACCUUCCAGUCUUCGCCCCUGCAACUGGACUCAUUCAGCAUCAACUCGCGCUCGCUGAGCCUCAAGCAGCACCGGCACGCAGCCGACAAGCCCCACCUGGGAGCCACCAAGUCUGAGGCCACGGGCGCCUCCUCCGUGCCAUACAAGGGUGUGUUCGCGCCGGGCACGCUGUCCAACCGCAACGGGAGCCUCUCAUACGACAGCCUGCUCAACCCCAGCUUCGCCUCCCCGCCGGUGGGGGAGUGCGUCAUCCACCCCGGCGUGCCUUCCAUGGGCUUCCACUCGCCCUACCUGCCAACGAAAAUGUGCCACGUGCGGGGGCCUGAACUCCAGCGGCACGCCCCUCCGCCCACUGCCGUGGUCGCCGCCACCUACAGCCCUGUGCGAGUGGGCGGCUUCAAGGGCCGGCGUUCACCGCACCCACAGGAGCGCGACCCCUCCCCUGUGCGCUACGACAACCUCUCCAAAACCAUCAUGGCCUCCAUCCAGGAGCGCAAGGAGCUGGAGGAGAGGGAGAAACUCAUGCACCUGCAUGGCCACCGCCAGCAGCAGUCGGCAGCCUACGCCGCCGACUCAGGUGUGUUCGACACCUGCAACUACGGACUGCCACCCAGUGCCUGCUAUUCAGACGGCCCCCGGGGCCCUGGCACGCAGGGAGCCGCCUACAGUGGCUCACGGGAGAACCUGGUGGGGGGCGUCGGGGGGAUGAUGGGCUACGGGGUGCGGACCCCCGUGCUGCGCUCCUCGGUCGCCUCUUUGGCGCGUGCCCCCAGGACUUCCUCCGGCUCGCUGCAUACUGACGGCAGCGUGACUGUCCGGUCCGCCGAGCCGGCCUCCUACCGCUCCCCGGCCCACCAGCCCCACCACUCCCCCGCGCCCACCCCCCGCUCCCCCGCCUACUCCCACCAGAAGGUCUCCUUCAUUAGCGCCCUGGAGAGGAGUGACUCACCACGCAUGGGCUCCCCCAGAGAGGACAUGGGCCUCGGGAAAGUUAAUGGACAACCUAAGAGCCAAUUGCGAGACUGCCACCUAGGGACAACCUCCGGUACCCAGGGCACCCCUCUUAGCCCUGCCCGUCACACCAGUGUGAAAAAGGUGUCCGGGGUGGGGGGCACCACCUACGAGAUAUCUGUAUGAGAGCUUCAGGGUCUCACCUCCACCCACCUCCAGCCCAACGCCAUCCACAGGAGGUAGCACUGCCAAGGCAAACACCACCACUACUCGUGCUAAAAAGACAGGGUUGUGGCCUUUCCUUUUUAACCUCAUCCGAAUACUGUACAUUGACCAUUCAGAGGCUGGCAGCCGUUUCCAAUAGGAGACGACUGUCGAAGUAGACAUCCCCUGACCUCUGUCGUUUGGCCCAGUGCAUGUGUAUGUGUGUAAGUCUGUGGGCACAACUGUCAUUGGUGAAAAACUUCAAUAGCUGUGCUCCCUGGCUCAUGUUGUGGUCUUACAUGCCCUCAGCAAAAAAAAAGAGAGAGAGAAAAGAACGAAGGCACUUCCGUGUUUGUUGAGAAGUUGCUCAAGUAGCACGCAUAUGCUAACGCUGGGUGGACAGAGAAUGGGAAAGAGGCUAGUUGUAGCCUGUUCUCUUUAUAGGCUAGUACGUUGUGUCUAUUUUCUCUGUCCAUUCCCAGGUAAUAUAUUAUAUUACCAUGAUGGAGAAAAAUAAGGUGCUCACAGUGCCCAUUUGAGUCCAUUUGUUUUCCUUCUGUACAUCCCCAUUCAAAUGUAUACAGUAAUGUUAUAAAAGACUGUAAAAGCAUUUCUUUUUGCUAACAUAUUUGUUGCUUCUGUCAUUAGUAUUACGUUCAGUGUUUUAACCCAGUCCUUGAGAAUCUGUUAUGUUGAAGCAUUACCAGUACUCAUGUGCAUUUGAUGCAUAUCGAUAGUUUGUACGCUAGUCUUUUGAAUGAGAUUUAUGUUGUUUUCAUGUUUUUGCCUAACUAUGCUUUCAAAAGAGAAACAAUGUUCGUUAACUACAUCAGGUCCUCACACAACAUUUGCACUGAUAUACUCAGCACAAGACAGGCAGAUAGCCGUGCCUCCUGGCCUUUGCCCCAAGCUAAUCAAGGCAAUUGUAGAUUGGUUUUCAAGCAUCAUACAAGUUCCAUGACAAAGCUGACCCAGCAGGGGAUGCAAAAGUGGGCCCCUGUAUUGCGUCCAUGUCAGUAUGACUCUCAGUUCUAUGUGGCACUCAACCAUGAGCAACCAGAAAGGCUCAUUGUCUAUUUUUUUGUUAAAUGUAGUGAUUUGUUGGAACACAUUUAAUGCAGCUGUGGAUUGCAUUUAUUAAAAAAGCCUGUAUUUAUUUUUAUGCCACAUCAAUAGAAUGGAAACAUCUGCAAUAGAUAUUUACAUGUGAUCCAUGGCUACAUGGCUUACUCAAGCAAACAGGUAAAGCAUUGCUGUUUUUUAUGAGUUUGAAUUUUUUUUAUACCCAACCUUCCAAUUGUUUGAUACAUCCUGCUUUUUAUACAGAUAUUCAAUUAAAGAGUGAAUGUUUGUAUUUUGAGUGGAUUUUGUGCAUAAUUUAAAUAAUUUAAAUGAAUGGAAAAAAUAAGUACUCAAAACCAAUAUUUGGGUUGUAGAAGGUAUAAUUGUAUGUUGAAAUAUUUUGCAGUGUAUAAAAAAUAAAAUAGUAAAGAAAAUAUGAAA